AUGUCACUGCGUACGAUGUUGAAAAACAUGGACAAAAUGAGUGGCAUUGACCUUUUUGACGAAGAUGCUACCAGUGUUGAUGAUCCAAUAUGUUUGAUUGUCAGAAGAUUGGCUAAUAUUGAGAAGUUGAGACAAGAACGAUUUCAUCCACUUGCAAUACUGUUAGCCAAAACAAGUUACGAACAUGGACAUGAAAUGAAAGGGAAUCGGAUAUGGAAGCCAGUUAAAUUGAUCCAAAGAGCCUUCGACAACGCAUUUUAUAAUUGCAUGAAUGUUAUUGAGGCGACUGGCAGACGAUAUCUUAUAGCAGUAGAUAUUUCGGAUAGCAUGGACAGCUUUGUGCAGGGUACGACAUUAGCUUGUAGUCAAGCAGCAGCCACGCUGUCAAUGGCGCUCAUUCAAAAUGAAGUUAAUGUGAUCACAUUGGCUUUUUCCGAUUUUUUGAUGCCUCUGGAAUGGAACAGAUUCAUGAGCUUAGGCGAAUACUUAACCGCUGCCAAAAAGUUGAGAUAUGGUAAGACUGAUUGUGCUCAACCGAUGUGCUGGGCAAUUGAACAUGCAGUAUGCGUGGAUGUUUUUAUUGUUUUAACGGAUAACGAUGUUUCAGUUAAAUCCAUGAAACCAACGGAUGCUAUUCAGUGGUAUCGCCGGCAAAUGGGUAUAUCGAAUGCUAAACUGAUUGUGGUAGGGAUGACAGAUAAGUCGGGAGCCCUGGCUAAUCCUAAUGACCCAAAUAUGUUGGUUAUUUGUGGUAUGAAUCCAUCAGUUCCUCAAAUUAUCCAUGAUUUUGUCCUUAACUUUUAA